AAAUAUUUUAAGAUGAGUUAGCCAUCAUAAGGAACACCUUUAAAAACAAUUGUCAGAUAUGUAAAUAUUGCAUGCGGAUGUGCAAUCAUUGCAAUAACUAUAGUUGACGUUGUAACAUUUGUAGAACUGUUUGCAUUUUGGAAUUGGAUAUUCAUGAUUUAUUAAUUGUAUAGUAGUAGAUAUCUUAUCAAGUUUAUUUGCAUUGAUGAUAAUAGCUGCUGAAUUUCGAUUAGAUUUUAUUCUGAAAUACUUUAGAUUUUUGGAAGGUAAUAUAGGGAAAGGAUGGUUUUUAAUUUUGUAAGCAAUUAUAUUAUAUAUAUUUAGUUGUGGAAUGUGGUUGCUAGGUAAUACUUUAGCAGCAACAAUAACUGGUAUUUGUAUAUUUUAUUUGAGGGGGUUGUUUGAUUGUUUGUGGGAUUGUGACAAUUUUCAUUCUUUCCUGUAGCGUAACUAUAAAACUUAAUAAUAUAGAAGUGAUGAUUGGCAUUAUGAAUUUAUUAUAAAAUAAUAUUACAAACAUUAUCUUAAUAUUAAAAUGGGAAACAAAAUGAUGAAAAGUUAAGCAGAAUUUGAUUAAGAUUAUUAAAGGAAAUAAGAAUGUAAGUGAAUAUAUCAUAAUAAAAUAGAGAAACCUACAGUUUUAGCAUUAAAUCUAUUAAUUAAAAAAAAAGGAAGAGUUAGUACAGAAUACUAAUUCUUGACUCCUCCUAUUGGUAAGGGAUAAUAUUCUGAAAUACGUAAGGUUAUAAAUAAAAAAACUGGAAUCAUGAGAGCUGUUAAAAUUGUAUAAAAGAAUGCAACGGAGAAAGAAGAAGAGAGAGUUUCAGCAGAGGUCAAUAUUCUAGAAAAAUUAGAUCAUCCAAAUAUUUUAAAAAUAAAUGAAUAUUACAGUGAUGACAGAUUUCAUUACAUAAUUACAGAUUUUUAUUCAGGAGGAGAAUUGUUUAUGAAAAUAUAAGAAAGAAGAGUAUUCUCUGAAGCAUAUGCUGCAAGAAUUAUUAGAUAAUUAUUAUAUGCAAUUAAUUAUUGUCAUCUUCAUGGAAUUGCACAUAGAGAAAUAAGACCAGAAAAUAUUAUGCUUGAAAGAAGUUCUGAAUUUGCAUCUGCUAUUUUAAUUGAUUUUGGUAUGUGUUAAAAGAUAUCUCAUAAAAUGCAUAGUGCUGUUAAUCACCCAUAUUAUUAAGCACCAGAAAUAUAAUAAAAAAGAUAUAAUGAAUCUAUUGAUAUUUGGGCUAUAGGAGUAAUUACACAUAUUUUACUAUGUGGAUAUCCUCCUUUUGGUGGAGAUACUAAUAGAAAAAUUCUAGAUAAUGUGCUUAAAAAACCACUCGUUUUUGAUGAAUAAGAUUGGAAUAAGAAUAGCAAUGAAUCAAGAGAAUUUGUUAAGAAAAUUUUAAAUAAAGAUCCAACUUAAAGAAUGACAAUUGAAUAAGCAUUAAAUGAUCCAUGGAUAAUUAAGAAUUAUGAACUUUAAGUUACUGAUAGUUAAUUAAAACGAGUAAUAACAAAUCUAGUUAAUUAUAAAAGUUAAUCUAAAUUAUAAGAAGCAACUCUUAAAUUAAUAGUUUUAUAUUUAGCUUCUAGAGAAGAAUUAAGUGAAUUAAGAGAAGUUUUUACUAGUAUUGAUUCUAAAAAUGAUGGUUAUAUUGAUAUUGAAGAAUUAUCAUAAGCUAUGCUUAAAAUAUUUGAUUCUGAAACAGUUGAAAGAUAAGCUAAUAAAAUAUGUGGUGAUGAUGAAACAUUAUCAUAUUCAUAAUUUUUAGCAUAAGCUAUUGAUAAAUAAGCCAUUUUAUAAAAGUCUAAGAUAGAAACUGCAUUUAAAUUAAUUGAUAGAGUAUUAUUAUUCAAUUUAAUUUAUUAUAGAAUGCUUCUGGAAAUAUAAAUGUUGAAGAAUUGAGUGAAGCAUUCAAAUGUAAUCUAACUGGUAAUGAUUAAUGGAUAGAAAUUAUGAAUGAAGUUGAUGCUAAUCAUGAUGGAGCUUUAUCAUUAGUAGAAUUUACAAAUAUGAUGAAAAAAUUGAUAUAAUCAUGA